AUUUCGGGCCUGCGCUUGCAGCUCUCUCAAGUGAGAGAGACGUCGAGAGGAGGGGGGAGAGUAGAUAUAAAGAAAGAACCGGUCCACCAGACGCUUUCCCACUCUCGGUGUCUGCUCCCCCCUGUGUAAGAGGUGUAGAGAGCGGCGGCUUUGCUCAUCAGGUGCGCCCGGCGUUUUCGAGUUUUUCCCCGUUUCGCCGGACGCUGGUCCACCAGUUCGUGUUCGCCAGUCCCAGUGUGCGCAGUCGGAAAGGAGCGAGCUGACGUUUGCGACGAAAUCGAAAGUAUAUCGAGAGCGGUCAAGAUGUUGCUAAUUCAGCCAACAGAGGAAAUGUCCAAGCUGAUCCGCGUGGAGCUCAACGAGAACGUUGACACGCGUGAAAAGGACUUGGCAUACAUCAAAGAUUGGAUUUCGAAGCAACCUCAUUUACCUAACUUUGAAGACGACUACAGGCUGAUGACUUUCCUGCGAGGAUGUAAAUUUUCCCUGGAAAAGUGCAAGAAGAAGCUGGACAUGUAUUUCACAAUGCGCGCUCUUGUCCCAGACUUUUUCGCUAACCGAGACGUCACCAGGCCCGAAAUGAGGCAGAUCACAAGCAUUGUGCAAGUACCACCCCUACCAGGUCUGACCAAGAACGGCCGUCGCGUAGUGGUGAUGCGCGGCAUCGACAAGGACAUGCCGACACCGAACGUUGCCGAGGCUAUGAAGCUGGUCCUCAUGAUCGGUGACAUUCGCUUAAAAGAAGAACUGAUCGGUGUCGCCGGAGACGUCUACGUUCUAGACGCAACCGUGGCCACACCCGCCCACUUCUCCAAAUUCACACCGGCCCUCGUGAAGAAGUUCCUCAUCUGCGUACAGGAGGCCUACCCCGUCAAGCUCAAGGAGGUGCACGUAAUCAACGUCAGCCCACUCGUCGACACCAUCAUCAACUUCGUCAAGCCCUUCCUCAAAGAGAAGAUCAGGAACAGGAUAUUCGUCCACAGCAACCUCGAGAAACUCUACGAGUACAUUCCCCGAGAGAUUCUGCCUACGGAAUACGGCGGUGACGCUGGUCCCAUUCAAGCUAUUCACGAAACUUGGAUAAAGAAGUUGGAGGAGUAUGGGCCGUGGUUCAAGGAGCAGGAGGCCAUGAAAACCAACGAGGCUCUUCGGCCCGGCAAACCAAAGACCCACGACGAUCUCUUCGGGCUGGAGGGAUCUUUCAGGCAAUUGGCUAUCGACUAGGGCAAAUUAUUUUCGAGGGACAUACGGAACUUCUUCCAGUAUCUUUCAUCCGCAUAUUAUAGCUUCUGUAUCAUCGUAUAAUUUCAACUUGGAAGGUGUAGACUUAUUGGAAAACCAUUGCAUCGUUUGUUGUAUUUUGUUUUUCUUUUUUUCUUAUUAUUAUUAUUGUUUUGUAUAAAAAAUAUAUUAGGUUGUAAGGAGCACGAUUAUCGGUACAAGUUACCAUCACGUCUAUCACACAUGUAUAGCUCGUAAGAUCCUUUUGUAUGAUUUGUAAAUUGAAAAAGCAAAAAAAAAUGUACAUUUCACGUAUAGUUAAGGCUAAAUUUAGUCUCCAACUCAUUGGUGUGAGCUACAUCAGCUGUAUCAAGCGUUAUAUAUCCAGAGUCUUCCAAAAAACUGUUCGCACAAAAGAGAUUAUCGCUCGAAUAUACCAACUUUUGAAAAAUACCAGUGUAUUGCGCGCUAUAAAUUCCAACGCCGAGGAGCAUUCUCCAAUGUGUAUACCUAUAUAUGUAAAAAAUAAAAAAAAUAAAUAAAUUCCCCAUCUUUUCGUACCAAA